AUGGUGAGCAGUUCAACGUCUAGAACACCUACAUUUAUUCAAUUAACCACAAACAAUGGACCUCUAGCCCAGAUUUGGCUGGCAUCGAAUAUGUCUCACUCGCUAUCCAAAAGUGUAUCUCAACAUACAGAUAUUAUCAAAUCCGUGGAAGAAAUUGCUCGAAUCGCUGGCUGUUCUUUGGACAGCGCGAACGUUGAGUCUAUAACAUUAAGGGCUUCUGGUGAAUUGCUGCAUGGCGUGGUUCGCGUAUACUCCAAAAAGACCUCGCUCUUGUUGAACGACAUUAAGGACACUUUAACACGCAUGACAUCCCUAUUCAGAUCCUCUCCGCAUACCUUGACCUUGCAGUUGGAACAAACUACAAUUACUAACCCAAGCCAAUACUUGCUGCAAGACGCUGUUACGGAAAGAGAAGUUUUGCAAGUACCGGGUCUUGAGUUUUUGAAUGAAGUAUCAAUUCCUCGGGGAUUUAUGGACCAUGAAAGAUCGAUGGAGAGACACGUUCAAGGCGCUGCUCCCUGGGAUUCCUCAAUCGAAGUUGGGAGGAAUGUCAGGACCAACAAUGAACUCGGAUAUAAUCAUUCCUCUGUGCUAGAUCUUGAUUUCGAUAUCGACGAUACGGAAACUAAAGCAGUAGGCGAAGGUACGAACACCACUAUUAAUAAAUCUACGCAAACUACAGGCAGUGCCCUGAUACAAGAGGAUGAUUUCCCGGCCGAUGACCAGUUCGAUUGGGAUCUAGGCAUCAGAGAUCAAUCCGUAAAUCCUGGGAGCGAUCAUGAAUCUGAUAGAUCGAUGGAGCUUGGGAGAAGAGUGGCUAUGGACGAAAGUCAGCAGGAUCACACAGAGUUUGACUUUGACUUGGGCUUAGGAAAAGACCCUGAGGAUGCCGCAGUCGGCGCUGGAGCUCAGGACGAAGAGAUGCCAGAUCCUGUGUCAUCACCGCCGUUGCCAGAGCAGCACGAAGUGGACCUAUCGCGUCUUAGAAAGCUCACAACUGAUAGUGAUACUGAAUUGAGGGAUGAGCUUGUCAAAGUUUCGCAACUGGGCCCCGAUUCUCAUAUCAUUGUACAACAAUAUGACGUGCCGCACCUGCAAGCUAAGCCUAACAAGAGACUUUGGACCCAAAUAGCAGAUAAAGUUGACUACCUUCCUGAGUCUAUUCUGAAUAAUCUGCUAGCCUACAAGCGUAUUAAAAAACCUCGCACCGCAACGGAAAUAUCCCAAGUCAUCGAAGAAGAACCACAACUUGACGUAUCUCUAGGCUUUGACGACGACCUGGUAACGAGUCUAGAUAAUGAUCAUGAUAUCCGGGAGGAAGUUGAGCUGGCAGAUCCAUGGGAGCAUGACGAGGACCACAACUUGGAAUUGGAAGCCGAGAUCGCCAAUGGUACUAGCGCCUCAAUUGAUAUGGAUGGAAACUCGAGCCUGGAAACUGAAAGCGGAUCCCAACAAAAACCCUCUACAAAUGUUCGUCUUGUGACAGGCGAGUAUAUAUCGCGAGGUACCACUGAAAUGGCUGCGGAAUUGAAAACUCAGUUUUUGGAUGUCGAUCCCAUACCGUUCUCCAGGUGCCUGGAGUCCAGGACCAACGCCAGUCAAUUAACAGACGGUCCGACAAAGAAACAAGCUAGCAAGACCUUCUUUGAGCUUCUUUCACUUGCAAACAUGGACUGUAUCGAUUUGAAUCAAGAAGCUAAUUUUGGUGAUAUCGAAAUUAAGAGUAGGGCUUCGUUGUACAGCAAAUUUAUUGUAGCAUAA